AUGCGAGCCCGACAACAGCAACAUCAACAACAUCAACAACGUCGCGCAGAAGGAUGUGGACACACCACGCAGAGUACGGCGCAAACGCCGCGUCCCUCGCCAGCCCGCACAUACCCCAGCCUCCGACCGCUCCAGCAACAACACCUUCCUCAUGACUGCAAGCCGUUUUCAGGGCCACCGCUCACCGUCGAGGGCUACAAGUCAGUAAUAUGGUCUUCCGUAAACGCAGAGGCAAAGUCGAAUCGCGGCCGCGACCGUGCCGCGGGAUUCCCUGGUGUUGGUUUACGGCAUGAAGAAAGAUCGUUCUCCCAACUUGCCAGCCCUACUGGUCACCGCUGGGUGCUACCGCGAGUUGUUCAAUGGGGAAUUCUGCGCCUACGCCUGCCCAAAGAUCAUGGUCGCACCUUGCGGGCAUUGGUGCUGGCCUUUUUCUGGCUUUCGGCCAGUCUCGAAGAGCGGCAGCGUACCUUUCAAAUUGGAGCAAGAGCGGACCCUUGGACAGACUGCAUGUCAUCGUUGGAGAAGCGGACACCGGAGCGCGAGGGCAGUUGCACGCACCGCUACGGCCACAGUGCAGCCGCGCCGCGCCCAGCACGAACAAUGCAAUAUGCGCGCCGGAAGUGCAUAUUGGACUACACGAAAACGCGCCGGGCAGAGGGAGACACUUUCCGUGUGUAUGCGCAUCUUGUACGUUCAGCUUUCUCACGCGCGCGCUCGACGAGUAUGGCCGGGAGACAACAACAAAGAGACAAAGAUGCCGGUGAAGAGGAGGCAGGGAAGCCUAUGCUGGACAACAUGUCGAGUGGAAAGCGCCUGCCGGAGAAGAGAUGGCUAGUCCUCAGCACAACGUCCGCUCCAAGGAAGAACAGUCUUAAUUUGAUGCCGCUUCAACGCCGCAGGCACAGGAAUAUGAGGAAGCCUGCUAACCGUAAUGGACGAUCCUGCGAUGUACAAAAAGCGCUGCACGCCCGACCUCGUACGCUUGUGGCACGAGAUCAGCGCUUGCAACAGCAUCUGUCAAGCAGUCUCAUCGAACUAAGGACUCAAUGA